CGGAAGUGACAGGCCGGCUGUGAAGAAUACAAUGUAGUGUACCCGCAGUGAGUGCUGUGUGCCGGUGGUCCUGUAUAAUACCUGAGUGUUGUAUGGGUGUCCUCUGUGCACUGCUACUUCUCCUCCUGUAAGAUGGCAGUGAGAGGAAGGGCUGGGAGCGCUGUGUCCAUACACCUGGUCCCCUGGCUCCUCAUUGCACUAUUCUUCAUCUGUACAGCUGCUAAGAAGGAGCCGUGUGACACGUGUAGGAGGCUGGUGGACAGGUUCCAUGAGGGUCUUGAAAAGACAUCAAAAAAGAAUUUUGGAGGAGGGAACACUGCUUGGGAAGAAAAAACAUUAUCAAAAUAUGAAUCUAGUGAGAUUCGCCUGGUGGAGAUUAUAGAACUUCUUUGUGACAGCACUGAUUUUGAAUGCAAUCUCAUGGUAGAGGAACACGAAGAACAGAUCGAAAAAUGGUGGUUUAAGAUGAGGAACAAGUCUCCCGAUUUAUUGAAAUGGUUUUGUAUUGGGACAAUAAACGUCUGUUGUCCUUCUGGAACGUAUGGACCUGACUGCUUAGCUUGCCUAGGUGGAUCUGAACAGCCAUGUCAUGGGAAUGGUUUCUGCAGUGGUGAUGGUACAAGAGGAGGAGAUGGAACUUGUAGCUGCAAGGCGGAGUAUAUGGGACCAUUUUGUCUUGAAUGUGCAGAUGGAUACUACAACUCUGAAAGAAAUGACACUCAUUCUGUAUGCAGUGCUUGCCACGAAGCAUGUAAAACAUGUCAUGAAGCAACAAAUAAAGACUGCAAAGAAUGUAAAGACGGAUGGAGAGAAGAAGAUGAAAUCUGCAUAGACCAGGAUGAAUGUGCUGCAGAAACAUCUCCCUGCAAAGAGAGCCAGUAUUGUUUAAACACGGAAGGAUCAUAUUUAUGUAACAAAUGUGAUGAAAGCUGCUCCGGGUGUACAGGCGAGGGUCCAGAGAAGUGUACAGAGUGCUCAGAUGGAUAUGUGUUGGAAGAUAAUAAAUGUACAGAUAUAAACGAGUGUGAGAGUGAUGAGAAAAUAUGUGUUGGUGAGAAUGAGGACUGUAUAAACAUCCCUGGAGCCUAUAAAUGUGUUUGUGCUGAAGGAUUUGAAGAACAGGACGGACAGUGUGUAGCUCUUAAAAAGACAGAUGAAGAAAUCAUUACUCAGCAGAAUGUGGCAUCUGAUGCAGCACAAGAAUCAAUAAAUAUACAUGAGGACCUCUGACCCACAUCCUUAAUUUAAAUAUUUUAAGUUAUUGGACUCCAACCUGUUAUGUGAAUAACAAGUUUGCCAACCGUUAUCAUUUUAUCUGGUAUUCAGAUGGGAUUUGCCCUAAAGGCUGCACACAUUUCCUUGCAUAAAAACAUAAUGGGGGUUAUUUACGAAAGGCAAAUCCACUGUGCACUUGUAAGUGCAGUCACUGUAGAUCUGAG